AUGACUACCCAGACCCUCACAAUAGAUUCCCAAGUCCACUGCUAUGAGCGCAACCGACCGGAACGUCCCUGGAUAGGUUUCCUGCAGGGCCCGGACGAAGUUACCGGGGACAUUAUGGUGGAAGCCAUGGACUCCGUAGGCGUUGACGGAGCCCUGUUGAUUUCUCCAUUCUCGAUGUACCGCUAUGACGCCAGCUAUGCCCUUGAGGUUCAUGCCAAGCACCCAACCCGAUUUGGCCUGAUCCGGCCCUUUGAUCCCCAUUCGGACUCAAUUGCCGAGGACAUGGCUGCGUGGGCAAGUACGCCCGGGGUUGUUGGGGCGCGGAUAAUGCUGUCCGCCGAGCCUUUUGAGGCUGACCACCCGGGUAUUAACCAAAUUCUUUCGGCGGCAGGCACCGAGGGCAUUCCGGUUAACGUCAUGUGUUCUACGAAGCUUCCGCUGUUUGGAGAAUUGGCUCGGAAGCACCCCAAUACCCAAAUGGUUAUAGACCAUUUGGGCAUCAUUCAGCCACCGGCACCACCGGUGCCUUCCGAACCCUUUGCCGAUUUACCAAAUGUGUUGGCGCUGGCGGAAAUAGACAACGUGGCCAUCAAAAUUUCCGGCGCCGGCACCCUUUCCCACGAAACCUUUCCCUAUGCGGACAUUUGGGAACCCCUGCGCCAGAUAUUCAACGCCUACGGCCUGGAACGCUGCCUGUGGGGCACCGACUGGACCCGAGCAACGAAUUUGCUGACUUUCGACCAGGGAGUGGAGGCUUUCCGGGUCACGGACGAGUUGUCGGAUGCGGAUCGUUCGGUGCUGAUGGGCGGGUCGCUGUCCAGUAUAUAUAACUGGGCGCCCGGGGCGGCCUAG